GACAAUAAAAACGCCACGACCCGUAGGAAAAAGGAACAGACAUACAGACAACUGUUUGAAGGUGAUUGUGAUGAUGAAGUGGAAUAUGACAGCGAGGAAUCAUACAAACCAAGCAAAAAGGAUCAAAAUUCCUCUGACUCCGAGUUUUCCCCUGAGGAAAGUAAUGCGGAGAGUGAUGUCUCAAUGCAAGAGGAAGAUCAACCUAAACGUCAUAAGCGUGAAGGGAAAAGGAAAAGCAAGAAAAACAAAACCUUUGCAAAAAAUCCUGGCACCGCUGUUACUAACAACGUAGAAAAAGCAAAAGAAAGAAGUUUGCAAGAAUCAAAGCUUAAUACCUUGAUAGCAAAUCAUCACAAAUCCAGGCUUGAUAGGCUUCUGGAAGCAAACGGGAUGCUGCGGGAAACAAUUACAUCUGAUGGUAACUGCUUUUUCAAUGCUGCAUUGUUUCAUCUUCCUUCAAUAGAAGGGGUUUCAGAGCUGAGGCAUUUACUUUGUGAUCAUAUGAUAGAUAAUGCAGGAGAAUACACAGGAUUUUUCUCCUCUCCAGCAACCCUGGAUUCAGCAGAACAAGAGUUAUGCCAUGAAAUCAGAAACUGCUCCUCGGAUGAAAAGAAUUUGAUCUAUCAAGAAAUUAGAUCAACAACCAGUGAUACAUCUGAAUUGAGAGAAAUGCACCUGAAUGCCAUUUCUUCAGUAACAAAACGUAUUGUAACUGUACAUUCUGAGGAUGGAAUAGCAAAAUAUUAUCCCCGUGAGAAUACCAUAAGUGUGGCUCUGGCAGGCCUCCAUAUAUCCUUGGCUUUUGUACCACUGAAGGGUGAUAGUGGUAGGUCUUUUUUGCCAGUAGUUGAUGGCUGUCUUGUGGGUAGAGGACAGAGAUUUUUCAACAAAUGUGGAGCUCUAGAUUUUGAAAUAUGUCAGGGAGACUUUGGGGAGAAGAUAGAGUGCUCUAAAUGUGGUCGCAACUAUCACAAACAUUGUUUAGAAACAGAAGGGAAACCUCUUCAUUGUGGAUGCCACAUUUUGAUGCCUUACCAUCUGAAGGAUAAAACAUUCUAUCAGGAUGAUAGCAGGGUGCAUCAGUUGCUGAAACAAAUAAAUUUGCAGGAACUGAUAAAGGCAAUAGAAAGUCAAAAACGACCAUCUUUUCGAAUGGAGAUCUUCAGAAGCAAAAGCUUUAGAAGAAAACAAAUACAGAUGGAGAAGCAAAAGUCUCUUAUGGUUUUGUCUGAGGAAAUGAUCCAUUACCUUCAAAAGACUAUACAGAGGUUAAUACACUGCAGUGUAAAUGAUGCUCUAGAUAUAUACAUACCAGAGAUUUUAGUCCAGAUAAUUAAAAAACAAGAAAAUGUUAAUAGACUUGUUGCAGAAUUAAUGUUCCUUGAAAUGUGAGCAAUUCCCCUUCCUUGUCCCUGAUGUGGAAACCAACUUAAAAACUGAUGUAAAAGAGAAAGUAUUUGAGCACAACAAAAUCCUUUCUGAAAGGCAUCAGAAACAGAAAAUCCACACAUUUCAUACUGUGAAAUGAUCUCAUAUUUGAUGUAGGUAUAAGACAAUGUCUGUAUGAGUGUUAAUCUACCUGUACCUGAUGUGAAAUGAUAUCAUAUUUGAUGUAGGUAUAGGACAAUGUCUGUAUGAAUGUUUACCUACCUGUACCUGAUGUGAAAUGACUGUGCAUUU